AUGAAUUAUCUAAACCUUUCUCACAAUUUUCUGACAAACAUAGAACAUCUUCCAUGGAAGUCACUGCAAUAUCUUUACCUUCGCUCCAACUUGCUUAAAGGACAUCUUCCAAUUCCUCCACCUUCAGUACUUGUCUUUUCAGUGUCAAAUAAUAAAUUGACUGGAGAGAAUCCUGCUUUGAUUUGCAAUUCUAUCUUCAUUAAUGUCCUCGAUGUUUCUAAUAAUAGUAUGACAGGGGAAAUUCCUCCCUGCAUCAGGAAUUUCAGUUACAAUUUGUUGGUGUUGAAUAUGGGGCUGAAUAAGUUGCAUGGCGUGAUCCCUAUGACAUUUUCCAAAGGAAACUCCUUAAGGAAUCUGAACCUUAAUGGGAAUCAACUUGAAGGGUUUUUGUCUCCAUCUUUGCUCAAUUGUUUAUGGCUUGAAGUUUUGGAUGUUGGAAAUAACAGGAUAAACGGCACAUUUCCCUAUUGGUUGGAAUCUCUUCCAGUGCUACAGGUUCUUAUAUUGAGAUCUAAUAGAUUUCAUGGUAGCAUAGGAAGUCCCAAAACCACAUUUCCUUUCCAAAGUUUGCGAAUCAUGGACAUCUCUAACAAUGAGUUCUGUGGCAUUUUGCCAGAGAAAUAUUUUGAGAAUUUGAUGGCCAUGACAAAUAUUACAUAUGCAGACAAGUUGAAGUACAUGGGAGAAAACUAUUAUCAAGAUUCUGUAGUUGUGACACUAAAAGGCCUUUUAAUUGAUAUGGAAAUAAUUCAAACCAUUUUCACAACCAUUGAUUUCUCAAAUAAUGUUUCUGAAGGAGAGAUUCCGCAGCUGAUUGGGAAGCUCAAGUCACUUAAAGGGCUCAAUUUUUCGCACAAUAGAUUUAAUUGUUCCAUUCCAUCAUCCUUAGCAAAUUUGAGCAAUCUUGAAUGGUUCGAUCUCUCAUCAAAUGAGCUUGUCGGUGAGAUUCCUCAACAACUGACAAAUAUGACAUCUCUUUCCAUGUUAAAUCUUUCAGAAAAUAGACUGUUUGGACGUAUACCGCAUGGAAAACAGUUUGACACAUUUGAGAAUAAAUCUUAUCUUGGAAACUUGGGAUUAUGUGGAGUGCCAUUGUCUAAAACAUGCAGCAAUAACGAGGCACCAUAA